UUUUUUUAUCCAUGGCACAAUUUGGAAAGUGCGGAGCGCAGGGAGGCAGUCUGUAAUCAGGCUUUACGGGCUGGAAAGUGAGAGAAUCUAAACGUGACGUCAAUGCCUAGUAACUGACGCAGCCCUUCAACAUAAAAUGGCUUUUCACUUAUUUUUUUCCUUCCUCUCUUCACGUUAGCAAAGCUUAAUUACUAACAUUUCCAGUGCUCCGUCAACUAAAGAACAAAAAAGAAAAUCCCUGCAGGCAGCGCCGGGUAGUCUGUGUUCAUCACUAUUUGGACUAUUUGGUUCAUGAGUUUCGUGUGCUGAAGUAACACUGGGACCAGAAGCUUCUGAAGAGGACGAUAAGACAUCAGAAAUAGCCGAUGGUGGUGGUAGUGUCCAGAUAUUAGUUGUUGGGAAGGAAAGUGGCGUUUAAAGGAUCAGACGGACGUUUUUUAAACACUGCAAUGAUGCAACGGAUGGGGAAUCGACGCUCUUGAGCAGAGUUGGAGAAGCAGACAGCAAAAAUUCAUUUAUAUUACAUGAUGCACUUCACGUAACGAUCCCUAGCGAUGCGUUCGUGAGUGUACGUGUUUUUUACUGCUAAAAAUAGCAUCAUAGUUUUGAUCAUGCGCCAGAAAUAGACAGAAGGGGUAUCACUUUUGAGAAAAAGAAAGCGAUCCAACUUGGACGUGCCUCUUUUAGACCAAGGACGUGCCAGAUUCACGGAGAAAACAGUAAUAAGAAAAUGCACGGCUCGCCGUGGAGAGGUGACUUGUGUGGACUUUGCUGCUGAGGCUGCUGCUGCUGUAGGAGUCGUCCAGCUGCGCUCCGGAGAGAUAAGGUGACUUGCGUUCAGGAGGUUUGCACCGAGGACCGAAUGGCAGAGAGACCCUCCUUGUUGUCUGCAUCACCUUUGAAAGUUGUGACAGGAGCCACAGAUGGCAUCGGGAAAUCCUACGCGGAGGAGUUGGCUCGUCGAGGGUUUGCCAUGAUGUUGAUCAGUCGCUCCCAAGAGAAGUUGAAUGACGUUGCCAGGUCACUUGAGGAGCAGUUUAAAGUGGAGACCAGAACAAUUGCUGUUGACUUUGGCAAACUGGAUAUUUACUCUAAAAUUGAAGAAGGACUGGCAAAUCUGGAGAUUGGUGUUCUUGUUAACAAUGUUGGUGUCUCUUACCCCUACCCUGAAUACUACCUCCACAUUCCUGAUCUGGAAAAUUUUAUCACGAAUUUGAUCAACGUCAACAUGACCUCAGUCUGCCAGAUGACCCGCCUGGUGCUGCCCAAAAUGGUUGAGAGAUCCAAAGGUGUCAUCCUCAACAUCUCCUCAGCCAGUGGCAUGUAUCCUGUCCCUUUGCUUACGGUCUACUCUGCAACCAAGGCCUUUGUGGACUUCUUCUCCCGUGGCCUUCAUGAGGAGUACAGACGGCAGGGCAUUAUCAUCCAGAGUGUGCUCCCCUUCUUUGUGGCAACCAAAAUGACCCGCAUCAGGAAGCCCACCCUGGAUAAGCCAACCCCAGAGCGUUAUGUAGCAGCUGAGCUUAAUACUGUGGGUCUGCAGAGCCAGACCAAUGGCUACUUCCCUCACGCUGUCAUGGGUUGGGUGACCACCAGGCUGGUACCAAGCAGCAUUGUUAUCUUCCUUGGCGCCAGAAUGAACCGCCUUCAGCGCACAGGAUACCUGACGAGGAGGAAGCUGCGAGAGCAGAAGAACGGAGCCAAUCUGAAAACUGAAUAAUAAGAAGGCCCAUGACAAUGCAGGGAGCCACUCCUUUUCGACCGUGAUGGUGCUUAUGGACGUAUGUUGGUGUGAUUUGAUCUUCUGGAGCUGCCUUAAAAUGUAACCUUUUUGUGCCUUAUGAGUAAACACGACUUAAAGCAGUGACAGUCUGCCCUGAUUCCUAUCUGGGCAGAUGUAGCCAAAGAAUUCAGGAAGCUGCGUGAUAAAGUGCUGGUUUUGAUGAACAAUGCCUUCAUGUGUUUUUUGGUUUUUUUUUUUGUCAUUGACACUAAUGGUGAAAAUAAUAAUGCAAAAUGAAUGACCAAACCCUGCUGUAGUAAAUGGUGAUGGGUGUCUUUUUAUAUAUAAUUAUUUAUUGUAUAUUUGUAAUAUGCAUAUGCAAAACACAAAAUCCGCAACGCUAGUUUUGAAACUAUUUCUCUUUAGUAAUGGGAGAUAUUAAAAAAAUGGCAGUUUCUGCUUUUAUUAUUCCAGUUUAUUUGCCUCACUGAGCUCAUCUUUUUUUUUUUUGCUGACUUUGUGUUUUGCUGCUUAUUUAAAAAAUGUCACAUUGUGGUGGGUUAUGGUUGCAUCGAUGUUUUGUUUGUUCCAAGCUCAAGUCUAUUUAAAUUCUUAGUUUCUUUUCUUGUAAUAUUGCUGGAAAUGGAUGGAUUCAGUGAAGGGAUGGUUGUUUGAUUUAUUGUGACAGGAUCUUAACUGUCAAAGUGAAUGAUUAAGAUGUUUUUCUUCUGAUCACUUUGUCCUUUUUGUUAAUUUUCCUUAAUAUAUUUGAAUGGCUCUAUUAUUGACAGAACACUCUGGUAAAUGUAGAGCUAAGAUUUCAUUGGUUAUAAUUUUAAUGUCAACAAUCUUGGGUUGUCGCGUCACAAGCUUUUCAUCUACGUUUUUACAAUUGUUAGAUUAGUUUAGAUGCCACCAACUGUUGCAUUAUUUGAUUUUGAUAAAUGCAUGUUUUUGUUUUAAUACUUGAUGCCUGACACAAUGCCCUAUAUGAUGUGGUCUGACCUGGACCUUAAGUGGUUCUGUGAAUGUUUUUUGGAUUUUUUUCUAGUCUUUUAUAUGCUUAAAAAUAAAGAUGUAAAAUGGACUGUUUACAAUCAUUCUGCUCAUAGCAACUCAUCUUUUCUACGGUUUGUUAAUAAAAGCUUUGGCAGAAGAA